AUGGCCUCACAAGCAAGCAGUAGUCAUAGCAAACAAACUUCGAAUUCGGCCGAGCAGGAUGUGGCGGAGUAUAAGAAGAUGAUAGCCACAGGUCAGGUGAAGGAGACGAAUAAUGCCGCCAUCCCGUCUAUUGUGUGUUACUGCCUCGCGUCGAUUCUUAUGACGGUAAUCAACAAGUUUGUAGUGUCCGGCGCGAACUUCUCUAUGAACUUCCUCCUUCUGUGUAUGCAGUCCACCGUGUGCGUUACGUGCGUCCUGGUGGUGAAAAAGCUCGGCAUCAUCUCCUUCAGAGCGUUCGACAUGCAAGACGCGAAGGCGUGGUUCCCAAUUAGCUUCCUGUUAGUUAGUGUGAUUUAUACGGGGUCGAAGAGUUUGCAACACUUGAGCAUACCGGUGUAUACGAUAUUCAAGAAUCUUACUAUUAUCCUUAUUGCAUAUGGAGAGGUUAUUUGGUUCGGAGGAAGAGUGACGGCCUUGACGUUUGUUUCGUUUAUCUUUAUGGUGAUAUCCUCGAUGAUUGCCGCGUGGUCCGACGUAACUAGUGCGCUUUCUGGGUCGUUGCCUGCUGUGGGUACUGGAAUCAGCCUGGAUUCGCUUCGAUCCGUUGCUGGUGCUGUUCGUGGACUCAAUGUCGGGUACUUCUGGAUGUUGGUUAACUGUCUCACGAGCGCAGCCUACGUGCUCUCGAUGCGCAAGAAGAUCAAAUCAACAGGAUUCUCGGAUUGGGACUCGAUGUUCUACAACAACCUACUGAGUAUCCCAGUACUCGCAGUUUGCUCGAUCGUUGCAGAAGACUGGGGCACGGAAAAUCUGAAUAGGAAUUUCCCUCCUGCGACGCGAAAUUUCCUCCUGACGGCGAUUGCAUUCUCUGGUGCUGCUGCGGUGGGGAUAUCGUACACGACGGCGUGGUGUGUGCGGGUGACAAGUAGUACAACCUACAGCAUGGUCGGAGCUCUGAACAAGCUGCCUGUAGCCGCCUCAGGCAUGCUAUUCUUCGGGGACCCGGUGACAUUUGGCUCUGUGUCGGCGGUGGGGGUUGGGUUCUUUGCUGGAGUUGUGUACGCCGUGGCAAAGAACAACCAGAAGAAGAUGGAGUCGCGCCAGCAAGCAGACGCGAUUCUCCCGCUAACGAACCGGAGGCCAUAG